AUGUCAGCUAUGAACCUCAGUCAUGAACAACAAAAUGAGCUUCUUUUUGUAGGAUUUAAUCAAGACAGUGGCUGUUUUGCUUGUGGUACCGACUCGGGUUUUAAAAUCUUCAAUUGUGACCCAUUUAAAGAGACAUUUCAUCGGGACUUUUCCAAUGGUGGCAUUGGGAUUGUGGAAAUGCUGUUUCGUUGCAAUAUCUUGGCCAUUGUGGGUGGUGGACGCAAUCCAAAAUAUCCUCCUAAUAAGGUUAUGAUCUGGGAUGACCAUCAGAGCCGCAAUAUUGGAGAACUUAGUUUUCGCAGUGAAGUAAAGGCGGUCAAGUUGCGUCGUGACCGUGUGGUGGUCGUGCUACAGAACAAGAUUUACGUUUACAACUUUUCGGACUUGAAGCUUGUGGAUCAUAUUGAGACUUUGGCGAACCCCAAGGGUUUGUGCGCGUUGUGUCCGAAUCUGUCCAAUACGGUACUGGCCUGCCCAGGUGUGACGCGCGGCACUGUCCGUAUCGAGCUAUACGACUUGCGGAAGACGACGCUCAUCACUGCCCACGAAGCUGAGUUGUCGCAGAUUUGCUUGAACGUUGAUGGCACGCGUCUUGCGACAGCAUCAGACAAGGGCACACUCAUUCGUAUUUUUGACACCCAAAGCGGUCAAAUUACGCAGGAGUUGCGUCGUGGAGCUGAUCGUGCAGAGAUCUACAGUAUCUGCUUUAGCCCAACAGCGCCGUUGCUCGCGUGUUCGAGUGACAAGGGUACAGUGCACGUAUUUUCGCUGACGGAUGAAGGUUCAGGCCAGAGUUUUUCAUCAUCCGACCCGACUACUAUGGCAAAUGUUCCUUCGCAAAGCAUGCCGUCCCACUUCUCGGCAGGAAGUGCUCCUCGCAGCGGAGACGAUGAUGGGACCGAGAAUUCCAAGUCGAGCCUGUCGUUCAUGCGGGGAUUGCUUCCUAAGUAUUUUAGCUCAGAGUGGAGUUUUGUCCAAUUUCGUGUGCCAGAGACCCGAACGAUCUGUGCGUUUGGUACGGAGAAGAACACAAUCGUUGUCGUAGGGGCUGACGGAUCAUUUUACAAAGCUGUCUUCGAUGCCAACGGCGAAUGUCAGAAUACGUCUUACUCAAAGUUCAUUCAGUCCGACGAGGAUGAGUAG